UGCCGUAAGAAGAAAGGAAAGGAGACUUAGCAGUACUUACAGAGUCUAUAUAUUUAGAGUGGUGGGAGAGAGAAAGAGGAGCAGAUCAGCACAGAAGUAGAGCAUAAAACAACGAAGGAACCAAAAAGAUACCAACAAAACACCAAAGAAAAAGGAAAGCUUACAUAGUUGAAGUUUAGAAUAAAAAGGGUCAUCACCACACCCUUUCCACAAAGGCUGUUCCAUCCAAAAGAAAACCUACCCAAUUGAAAGAGAUAUUGAGAGUCAUUCAUUUUGAUAUAUAGAGAGAGAAGCCUGAAACUUGCUUUCUUUCUUCGGCUUUUCCCUUACCAUCUCCACCACCACCAAAGAUAAAAGAGUCUAGAUUACUGAAAAUCAGUACAGAAUUAAGGUCUGUCUCUAUUUCCUUGUGUUCUCUUUUUGCUUCUUCUCCCAAUUGAAAAGUAAACUCAGUACAACCCCCCCCCCCCCCUCAUAUAUCUCCACAGCUAGAAGGAAGUGAUCCAUAUGAUUACAAUUUCAUAGCAAUAGAAUUUUCCAUCUUUUUUUUUUCUUUUUUACUGUAGAGUGACAGAGAGAGAUAUGUGUGGACUUAAAGAAGAAGACCAAGAAGAGCAAACAAUCCAUAACCUCCAAAACUACCAAGAGCAGCUACUUUUUCAAUACCACCAACAAAUGCAACAGCACCACCAACAACAAAGCAGUGAUAUCUAUGGAGGAGCACGAGGAUCAGGAUUGAUUUUCCCUGAAGUUUCACCGAUCUUACCAUGGCCUCUCCCUCCAGCCCACUCUUUUAACCCAGAUCACUUCACUUCAAAUCACCCAGUUCGUGACCAUGACCCAUUUCUUAUCCCUCCUCCAAUACCUUCCUCAUAUGGGGGUUUAUUCAAUAGAAGAUCUCCUUCCCUUCAGUUUGCUUAUGAUGGUACAUCAAGUGAUCAUCUUAGGAUUAUAUCUGAAACUCUUGGACCAGUGGUUCAACCCGGUUCAGCUCCUUUCGGGUUGCAAGCUGAGUUGAGCAACAUGACUGCUCAAGAAAUCAUGGAUGCUAAGGCUCUUGCUGCUUCUAAGAGUCACAGUGAGGCUGAGAGGAGAAGAAGAGAGAGAAUCAACAACCACCUUGCCAAGCUACGUAGUUUACUACCCAGCACGACCAAAACAGACAAAGCUUCACUGCUAGCAGAAGUGAUCCAACAUGUUAAAGAGUUAAAACGCCAGACUUCUUUGAUAGCCGAAACAAGUCCAGUACCAACAGAAAUGGAUGAGCUAACAGUGGAUACAGCUGAUGAAGAUGGUAAGUUUGUGCUCAAAGCAUCGCUUUGCUGCGAAGAUAGGUCUGAUCUCUUGCCUGACCUAAUAAAAACCUUGAAAGCUUUGCGUUUAAGAACACUAAAAGCUGAGAUCACGACACUUGGUGGACGUGUAAAGAAUGUUUUGUUCAUUGCUGGUGAAGAAGAUUCAUCAAGUGAUAGCAAUGAUCAUCAACAGCAACAGCAACCACUGCAAUAUUCUAUAAGCUCAAUUCAAGAAGCACUGAAAUCGGUUAUGGAGAAGACAGGUGGUGACGAGUCUUCUUCAGGAAGUGUUAAGAGACAAAGAACCAAUAUCAAUGUCCUUCAACAACAACACAGGUCUCUAUAAUUUUACUAAGAGACCAUGAGUACCUUUCCUGGUUUUUUUUUUUUUUUCCUUGUGGGUGUGUCUUUUUUGGUGUGUUUUGUGUAGUUUUUACCGGUGAACAAAGAGGCAAUGACGGUAUAUUGGUGUGUAUUUUCGGACUUACAUCACUACAUAAUAUGGUGUACGUAGAGAAGAGAGAAUGGAUAUAUUGCGGGCUGGUGCCUGGUGGGGUUACCUUUCCAUUUUGUUGUCGGAUGUUAGUGCAGAGAGAGAAAAGGGGUGGGUGGGUAGAAAUCACACAAGGAGGAGAAGGGCAAGCACUAGACAACAAAGAAAUGGUGGCAGAAAGGAGGAUGGAUAUAUGUAUUAAGUUGUAUUCAAAUUAAUCAGGAUCAAAGAGGAAGCUAGCCCACAUAUAUUUUCUACCAUGGGUACUUUUAAUAUAAGGUUUCUCUUCCUACGAAAAA